GUAUCAUCUUUUGAGCGGGCAAAUAGUUUGGGUCACGUGACAGGCGCCACACCCGGAAGCAGGAAGUUCUCGCUGCACCUGUCACCAAGUUUCACUUUUCGGAAAUUGCUCUCACCAAGUUUCGAUAGAGAAGAAAGAAACUGAACUCCGCCUCUGGUUAUUUUAUGUCGUCGGUUGGGACUUCCAUGGAGGAGACGACGGCGGCGGCUGCUUCAGCGCCCGUGCCCGCGGCCGCGGCGGCGGCGACUGAGAUGGAGAAGCAGUCCAGCACAAAAGCCGAGGAGCCGGCGACGGACUGCGGAGUGAGCCGCUGUCAGUUCGGGGACCCGUCAGGAGAGCCACCGCUGUCUGUAAAUCAGUUUAAAUGCAAGAAGUUCUUCGUCCUCAGGCCCGGCACACUGCACCAAGCCAUCAAAGAGGUUAAAGUUCUGGUGGAUCCGCAAGUUGAUGGCAACAUUCUUGGCAUCUGGUUACUGGCAGAGGUGGAUCACUGGAACAACGAAAAGGAGCGCCUGGUUGUCAUCACCGACACCUUCCUGCUGGUCUGCAAGUACGACUUUAUGAUGUUCCAGUGCGAGCAGAUCCAGAAGAUCCCGCUCAACAUGGUGGAUCGCAUCUGCUACGGAAGCUUCACCUUCCCGCCCAACUCCGUACUUUUCGUGACCCGAAUACUUCACCAACCUUCAUUCGGUCUCACAAAACUGUUUCAAAGUUCGGAUAGUACAACUGUGACACGAGGCGCACGGUGUCGACGGGUUAACGCCGUUCAGACGAGGCGUCGCAAGAGCAUGUGGAGAGUUUUUUUUUUCCUUUUCCUCCCUCUCCCUUCUUUCUGGAGCGGUAGGAAGUGCCGAGCUGUCACUUGGAGCUGUCACUUAGCUGAUUAGCGGCUAAAAUGAACGCGGUCCUUUUGAUGUGAACCUUUUUAAAGGCGGCUCGGGGGACAGCCCGGCGACGCCGGUUAAUUUGAUGAAUAAAAUGUAAU